CAACUGGCCUGGUUUGGGAGUACCUGGUUCGGCAGUAAUAUUACGCUAAUUUGGACGGUACCUUUCUCCGGAAUAGCCAACUGACCUGACCAUGGCAGCGCUGGCCGCUGUGCGCUCUUUUGGGGCGUCAAGCCAAGGAAAUAAGGGACUCUUAGCAGUCCUUUCUAGUGCGGUUCGCAAUCUUGCAAGCGCAGCACAACCGGCCUAUGCGGCUGACACGAAGGAGUACCAGGAUGCUCUCAUGCAUGCUAAGCGACUGCCAGCGAAGUUGUUUAUCGAUGGCAAGUGGCAAGAUGCUGUCAGCGGUCGAACGAUUUCCGUGGUGGACCCCCGAACUGAGGAGACCGUGAUCGAAGUCGCUGAGGGGGAUGCCGCAGACGUAGACAAGGCGGUCAAGGCUGCCCGCAAAGCAUUCGAUUUUGGCCCUUGGCCCCGCAUGACUGCCAAGGAGCGCGGCCGGCUGCUGUACAAGUUGGCGGAUGCAAUGGAGGCGGCGUCCGAGGAACUGGCAAUGCUGGAGACACUGGACAACGGCAAGCCCAUCUUCUACAGCCGGGCGGCCGAUGUGCCCCUCUCCAUCGACCACUUCAGGUAUUAUGCUGGCUGGGCGGACAAGAUCCACGGGAAGACCAUUCCCGUGGACGGCCCCUACCUGGCCUACACCCUGCACGAGCCCAUUGGCGUCGUGGGGCAGAUCAUCCCCUGGAAUUUCCCGCUGCUGAUGGCCGCGUGGAAGCUGGGUCCCGCACUGGCCGCGGGGAACACGGUGGUGCUCAAGCCCGCGGAGCAAACCCCCAUGACCGCACUCCGACUGGCGCAGCUGGCGCAGGAGGUGGGCAUUCCCGACGGCGUCAUCAACAUAGUGACGGGACUCGGUCCCACGGCGGGGGGGGCGGUGGCCACACACAGGGGUAUCGACAAGGUGAGCUGGCCCCGGGGGGGAGCCAGGGGGGGGGCUGAUAGGGUGUCCGGGGGAGGUUCGCGUGCUGCCCACAGUGUCGUACUUACCGCCUCCCUGCCUUCGCUUCCCCCGUUUUGUAACAACCCGCAUACGGAUUUACAUACGGAUGGACAGUGCUGCGCCGCCGGUUCCCGCGUGUUCGUACACGAGGCGGUGUACGACGCUUUUGUCACCAAGUCUGCGGAAGCGGCGGCCAAGCGGAAGGUGGGCGACCCGUUCGGUAACGUCGACCAGGGGCCGCAGGUUGAUAGCGAGCAGUUCGCCAAAGUGAUGUCGUACAUUGACAGCGGUAAGCGUGACGGCGCCAAGCUGUUGGUGGGCGGCAAGCGGGCGGGCUCACGGGGCUACUACAUAGAGCCCACUGUGUUUGCCGACGUGGGCGACCACAUGCGCAUUGCCCGGGAGGAGAUAUUCGGGCCGGUGCAGAGCAUCAUGAAGUGGAAGACGCUGGACGAGGUGAUUGCCCGCGCCAACGACACCAACUACGGUCUGGCUGCCGGGGUGUUCUCCACCAACAUUAAUGCGGUGAACACCCUCACCCGGGCCCUACGGAGCGGCACUGUCUGGGUGAACUGCUACAACCUGUACGACGGCGCCGUACCGUUCGGCGGUUACAAGGAGUCUGGUAUUGGUCGCGAGAAGGGCGAGUACGCUCUGUCCAACUACACUCAGGUCAAGGCGGUGUACAUGCCGCUGGAGAAGCCUGCAUGGCGCUGAAAGGGAGGUUAGGAGCUGGGAGGUCAACUGCCAGCUGUCAACGGUGCAACAACCGACCCAUGGGCCGUUGAGGUGCAUGCAGCGCCUUUCCCCCCCGUGUUGCCGCCCACAUGCAGAGAGGGGAGCGGGCCCCGGCAGUGCACGGGAGUGCACACCCAGCUAUGACUGACGGCUGGUCAGCCCCUGUUCCUGUCCCCCCAAGCUUAUGACUUCCUUCCUACCGCUUAAUGGGCUUUCCUAAGAGCUAGGAUACCUUUAGCUUUAGGAAGCAAGUAAUUGUACGAUGGUUGUGUACGACGACCGUGUACUGCCUUUACAUGCGCGAUGUUCUGUCACGUUAGUGUGUGUUGAGGUGUCACCUCGUGCUGUGUGUGGGGGGGGGCCCAGCUCGUCGCGCCUCUC